AUGGAAAAUCAAGGAGGAGAGAUGGCUCACCCUAUCAACAGCACAUAUGGUGGAGGCCAUGGGCAUCGUCACAUGCUUCAUCAUGAAUCUGCACCACACAAUCACAUUGUCCCAUCUUCAGCGGCAGCAGUAGCAGUAGCACAGAAACAACACCAACACCAAUUACAAAUACCAAUAACAACCGGGCCCACCAGAAUAGUACCACUACCCUCGUGUUCUUCCAUGGAGGAGUCUGUACUAGUUCCCUACACCAACAAUGACGACAACAGGAUGAUGGUAAGGUACAGAGAAUGCCUCAAGAACCACGCAGUUUCCAUUGGAGGGAUUGCAACAGAUGGGUGUGGUGAGUUCAUGCCCUCCGGGGAAGAGGGUACCCUUGAAGCUCUCACCUGCUCAGCCUGCAACUGCCACAGAAACUUCCACAGGAAAGAGAUUGAAGGUGAAAUCCACCACCACCACCCAGUUUCCUGCGACUACAAUUACCACUCUGCCCCUCCACAUCUUAACAGAAUUGAGCUUGGAAAUGGUAGGAAGGUAAUUUUGCAGGGUCAUCAUCACCACAGGGGUAUUCUUGGAACAGAAUCUUAUGGGUACAACCACAAUCAUGCUGGGGUAGUUGUACCUUCAAGAGCACCAUUACCAUUGAUAAUGUCGUACGAUAUGGAGAUUGGAUCUUUUCCAUCAGAAUCUGAUGAACUUGAAGGGUUUAUGAGCAGGCAUCAUCCACCAACACAACCACAUCAGAUAGUGAAGAAGAGGUUCAGAACAAAGUUCACAGAAGAACAGAAGGAGAAGAUGCUCAGUUUCGCAGAGAAGGUUGGGUGGAAGAUUCAAAAGCAAGAGGAGUCGGUGGUGCAACAGUUUUGUCAAGAACUAGGGAUCAAAAGGAAAGUCCUCAAGGUCUGGAUGCACAACAACAAGCUCAGCUUAGCGAAGAAGAUCAAUCCUGUUGCUCAAAACCAAGUAAAUUAG